UAGGGACGUGUAAAGUUUACAAGGUCAAAAUUUUCCUGAGUGGCCGUUUUAAUUUUAACAGAGAUAUAUCUCUGAUUGUAAAUUUGAUUCCUUAUACGUGGGUUUAUUAUUAACAGCACAAAUAUGAGGAACUUAUUUUGUUUAUGUUUGAUGCUAUGCAUCAGUUUAAUUAAAUCUCAAAGAGUAGCACCAGGAGUACCGCCACAACAUUACCAACAGCAACAAGUUUAUCAGCAACACCCAGGUCAAAAUGUCCCUCAACAACAAUUCCAACAACAACCACAAUUUCAGCAGCAACCACAAUUCCAACAGCCAAUGCAACAACAGGUUCCAAUGCAACAACAGGUUCCAAUGCAACAACAGGUUCCAAUGCAACAACAGGUACCAAUGCAGCAAGUACCAAUGCAACAAGUUCCCAUGCAACAGCAAGUACCUCAACAACAAAUGAACGCACCCCAUGGACACGACCACCAUGGGCCACCACAAAUUUUAAAUGCUAAUAUUGCACAAGAAAAAGAUCAUAUUGCUGAACAUAUGGAUGUCCCAAUUGAUACUAGUAAAAUGUCUGAACAAGAGCUACAAUUUCACUAUUUUAAAAUGCAUGAUGCUGAUAACAAUAACAAAUUGGAUGGUUGUGAAUUAAUAAAAUCUUUGAUCCAUUGGCAUGAACAGGGAAAGGAAAAGCAGGGAGCUGCUGUUGAAGAGAAGGUUUUCAAAGAUGACGAAUUGACAAAUUUAAUUGAUCCUAUUCUUAAUGUUGAUGAUGCAAAUCAAGACGGAUUUAUUGAUUAUCCUGAAUUUAUCAGAGCUCAACAAAAGGCAACUGGUCAACCAAAACCAGCUUCAUAAAUAGUCCAUCUGGCACUACCAAAGAGAUUUUGACUGAUGAUAGCCUCUCUCAAUUAGUAGAUGAUAUACUGAAUAUUAUGGAUACAAAUUCUGAUGGAUAUAUCGAUUAUACAGAGUAUAAAUUAAAUGAACUUAAGAACUAAGUAAUUUACAUACAUUGUAUUUUAUCAUAUUGGUGUUCUAUAUUUUUAUAUACAUUUUUGAUGGCAUAAUUUAUUACAUUGUUUUAUUGUUUUUUUACAUAAUUUAUUACAUUUUUUAAAAUUUUCAAAAUAGGACAAUAACCUCUCAAGCUGGUAAUGUGUAUGAAAGUAAAUUUUGUAAAUAUUCCUAAUAACUGUAGGUACUAUUUUUAUGGUUUUGGUUGUGCAAUUGUUAUUUAUCUGUAUAUAUUGAAAUGUUUCCAAU